AUUAACGUCCCUCCCCCGGAAGAGGAAAACGCGAUACUCGGGCGCAACAGCACAAUCUUUGCGUGCCUUGUGCCCUUUUUCUCGAUCAAGGCGAAGGAGGCAAGAGAAGGCCAAGGAAGCAAGACUGACGUCGCGCUGUCAACGCGCCGAGGACGUCGAAUCGAAUCCCGUGGAAGGGAAAAAAUUCGUUGAGACAUACACGGCCGGGAGGACUCGAUCGACACGAAAGAAAGAUCCAUUCUCACAAACGUUCCCUCCUCGACCCUCGGAAGCUUGAAUCGCCAUCGUAGCCAUGGCUAGCCUCUUUGGCUCGGCGGCCUCGAGCGCCUCUGCGUCGACAACCGUGGGCGAUCUGAAGCAGGACGUCGCGCUCAGCGACCCGCCGACGGACAGCAUCUCGGACCUGGCCUUUUCGCCGGCGCCCAACACGCCCGAUUUCCUGGCGAUUUCCAGCUGGGACAACAAGGUCCGCAUCUACGAGAUUGCGCAGAACGGGCAGAGCCAGGGACGGCACGCGUACGAGCACAGUCAGCCCGUGCUGGGCGUUGACUUUUCAAAGGACGGCACAAAAGUAGCCUCGGCCGGUGCGGACAAGAACGUCAAGGUGUGCGAUCUGGCGUCCCAGCAGGACAUUGUCAUUGGCACGCACGACAUGCCCGUACGGAGCGUCCGCUUCUUUGACAGCGGCAGCGGCACCAUGGUGGUCUCGGGCUCGUGGGACAAGACGGUCAAGUACUGGGACCUGCGGCAGCAGGGGCCGGCGGCGACGCUGGCCUGCCAGGAGCGCGUGUACACCAUGGACGUGCAGCAGAACCUGCUCGUCAUUGGCACCGCGGAUCGGUACAUCAACGUGGUCGACCUCAAAAACCCGACCAAGUUCUACAAGACGCUGCAGAGCCCGCUUAAGUGGCAGACGAGAGUCGUCAGCUGCUUCCCCGACUCGACGGGCUUUGCUAUCGGUAGUAUCGAGGGCCGUUGUGCCAUUCAAUACGUGGAGGAAAAGGACGCCUCGUCCAACUUUUCAUUCAAGUGCCAUCGCGACCCGGUCGUCAACAACGUGGUCAACGUGCACGCCGUCAACGACAUCUCCUUCCACCCCGUACACGGCACCUUUAGCACGGCGGGAUCCGACGGCACGUUCCACUUCUGGGACAAGGACGCCAAGCACCGGCUCAAGGGAUACCCCAACGUGGGCGGCAGCAUCACGGCGACGACGUUCAACAAGACGGGAAGCAUCUUUGCCUACGCCAUUAGCUAUGACUGGAGCAAGGGCUUCCAGCACAACACGCAGAGCUACCCGAUCAAGGUGAUGCUGCAUCCGGUGAACAAUGACGAGUGCAAGCCCAGGCCGUCGGCCAAGAAGAGGUAAAAGGCGGGAGAAGCGACGGGGAGAUGAUGGUACAUAAUAACGGAUGCGUCUAUGGACGAAGGGGCAGUGGAGGAGAAAAGAAGAGGAUGUGUACUGGCUGAUG